GAUAUCCUAUUUCAGAAGAGUAAAAGCUAAGAGUUAUACUCUUUGCCUAUUUCUGUGUUUCACAUUGCAAUUAUUCAGAAUAUUUUUUAUACUGUUGAUCUGUUUGAUUUUACAUUAUUGCCAUUUAGUUACUUCAUGUCACAAUGGACGUCGGAGAAGAUCCUUCAUCGUUUUUACUUAGUACUUAUAAAACGGGAAAGUGGAGUGAUGUAACCAUUAUGAACAAAGAAAAGGAGUAUCGAGUCCAUAAACAUAUUUUGUCCAAUGCAAUUCCUUAUUUUGAUAAAAUGUUUUCCUCUGGACUCUCAGAAUCAACAUGUGAAGUGAUAAAACUUGAUCAUCCGUCUUAUGUGUUUGAUCUUAUAAUCGAAUGGGCUUAUUGUUCCAAAAUAUCGAUUACAAAAGAAAAUGCUGUUGACUUGUUCCAUCUUGCUGAUUACAUGAAUAUACCUAAAUUAACAGCUUUAUGUUUGGAUUAUUUGUGGAACGAAUCUUCUGAUUCUCCGUUUAUAGAUGUAAACCAUUGGAUAAAUCAAAUUGCCACAGAAGAAAUACUUAAAAGUAUUGAUCAAUAUAUUCGUUCAAACUUCAGGGACAUUGGGAAUACAGAUUCAUUUCUUGAUUAUGAUUUUGAUACUGUUGCUUAUAUGAUCAAUUUGGAUAACUUGGAUAUUGAUAAUGAAAUGCAAGUUUUGGAUGUUAUCAUGAGAUGGAUACGAAAAAAUGUCGAAAGAAGGUCUCAGCUUCCAAAAUUGCUCAAGACUGUUCACUGGAUUGAUAUCAAUGGAGCUCAGUUUAUGAACAAAAUCGAUAAAUUGACUUGGAUUAUGGAUUGUGAUCCGGCGCGUCAUGUUAUCAUGGCUGCAGUUGAGCUCAGUUAUUUCAAAUCAUUAAAGACAAUUCAAAUUAACGAUGUUCAUUUUGGUCCUCGUAAUAAAUCUGCCAGAUUUCACUAUGCUGUCUAUAGAAAUAAUGAUUCAUCGAUAGAAGUUCAUCAUUUUGAUAAAAAGUAUGAAUCCAUUAAUCUUUCUGAGAAUCUUUCACUUCCUGCAGCUAAAUUUGGUGAUUCACAUAUAACUGAACAUUGUAUGGACUCUGAUGUUGUUAUCAGAAUUGACUGGAAAAAUAAAACUUAUCGGUUAUUCAAAGAUUCUGAUCGUUACUGCUACUGUCUUUUGUUUGGGCGCUUAUUUCAAUUCAACAGAGAAAACGGAAAAAUUCUUUUUUUCAAAGGAGAACGACUCAUCCAGUUUAAUCGAUCUUUCGUUAAUCAAUUAAACAGUCAAUUAACUUACAAAACGUUAACGAAACACGAAGGAGAAUUUCUGUUAUCGACCAUUACUACCUCUCGGAAGAGAAACGAAAGAAGUAUAAUUCUCCCUCACUACGAAGAUUACGAGGGAUACAAAUCGCAAUUGACAGUUGAGAAAAUUUUUUCCGGUUUUGUUGCGAGUCAUGAAUUCGUUACAAAAAAACCCAUAAAAAUGCUUAAAAGUACAACCUUUCAUGACUUGUUGGUAAUAUUUGUAAACUGCAAAUUGAUCCUUACAUAUGAUUUUAACAGAAAAACCUUCAAAAAGUACAAAACCAGCGAAAUGGAUCACAUGUGCUGUCUAUAUUUUCACUUAUCUGGGAAAGAAUUGUGGAUUUUCUAUAACGAUGAAUUGGGAUCAGGGUACCGCCAUACACUUAUACAAGUUUUUCGUGUCAAAGAUGGGGAACUGAUUCUUGUGCCCGGUCCACACAAUCCGAAUUGCAAUAUUGUAACCAAUUCGAAGAUGAUUGGUUUCAUUUCACUUGAAGCGCAACCCUAACAUGCAUGAAAAUGAUUACAGUUAAACCUCGGUUAUUUUAUGUUUUAUAAAUGUAGAAUCUAGCUACAGCGGAGUAAAAAGUUUCAAUCCUAAAUCCUAAUUUUUUGGCACGCGAUUUCUUGUUUUCACCUAGUACUCUGCAAAACAAAAUAUAAACUAACCGCGGUUUCACUGUAUGUUGAAAAUACAGAUAAUUCAGAAGAUUGAAUCUUCUCCAGUGCUGACAUCUCAAUGAUAUUAUGAAUACUAUUCUUAUCUGUAAAUAUCAUGAAACCGGUAAAGUUGAGCAUAAAUUCAUUUGGCAUUAACAACUUUUUUUUCUCUACCCAGAUAUGAUCGACCAUUCAGGUUGAUACUGUCUAUUUCAAUUCAUUGCUUCAUGUAUUUACGUUGAUUUUAAAAAAAAUUGAAUUUCACUUUAAAUUUUUCGUGUAUAAAGUAAAAUUACGAAAAAAUAGAGCACUGGAAUUAAAUUAAAUUUAUGUAUGCAUUUUUA